AUGGUAUUUGCGUGCAUAUAAAAUACGUUGUUUUUUCCUCCCUUGCUGCUGCUGUUGCUGCUGCUGCUGUUGUUCUUGUUGUUGUUCAUAUGAAUAUUGGUUUGCCCGUGCUCAUUCUCCUUUUCCAAAUGCGACGUUAUUGUUGUAAUCGGUGUAUGUUGUGACGUCGUGCAUUUUUUCUUCCUUUUGCUCUCGUGUAUUUUAUUUAACUGGUGAGUAUUCGUUUCCACGUUCUCUCUGCCAUACCAACAACAACAACAACAACAAUCGAAAAAGUACACACACUGUACAGUCACAGCGCAUAGAUUUUCCAUUCAAUUGAAAUCAGCAAUUGCAGACAGCAGCAAAGAGAUACUUUUCGCUCGCGUACACUCUUUGACGACAUACAUUCAAAAAAAGAAAAGAAAAAGGAACGGGUUAAAAAAUCAUCAUAACGAAUCGUCGCUCACUCGUUCGAUGUGUGUCUUUUUUUAGUAUUUAUUGGUGAAGUGAAAUGUCUAACGAUUUGUUUUCAAUACAAAAGAAACAUUGCGCCAUUGUCUCCCUCUCAGACCAUUUUCGGCUGAAGAUAAGAUAAGUUGAACAUCUUGAGAUGUUCGUAAUUUUUAUUGGGCAACUAUCUUUAAGUGUGUGUUAAUUGCAAAGUCAAUUCGAAAUGAUUUUGAACCAAAACGAUGCUAAGUGAUUUUCUAAAUUGAAAAUAAAAAGAGAAAUGUAUUGAAUAUUCAGUGUCAUCGAAUUGGUUAAAUUGGACAAAGGAGAUCGAGUUUGUGUAAGGAACGACGAAAAAAAGCGCGCGCGACAGUAAUUCAAAGAUGAUGAAACGUUGCUUUUAAUAUGUGAAAUGAAGUGAAAUGUCAAAAAACCAAAACAGAUCAUUAUCGUCGACAAUGAUAGUGGACAUGGAUAUGAUUGGACUAUGUGUGAAGCGACAACGUAAACAAAUGAAUGAAUGUAAACUAAAUCAUGAUACUGAUUGAAAAUUAAUGAAACUUUUGAAAUAAAUAUAAACACUCUGUGUGUGACCGACCAACCGACCGCCUCAUCACAUGAUUUUCACUGUAGUGUUCGUGCGACGGGGUGAAAUGAGAAGCUAAGUUUGUCUAUGGCUCAAAAAUUGUAUACAUACACACGUUGUGGGUUGUUUUUCAUUCUCUGCUUUCUUCGUGUUGUUCAAGAACGCGUUCAAAAGAUACAAACGGAACUGUGCACUGAACUGUGAAAUAAACAGGAACAUACAGACAAAUAACACGGCGCGCGUGUUAUCGCGAUUUUGUAAAUCGACGACAACGGAUUUGUUAAUCAAUAGUAAACCACUUAAAAAUCAAUUACUGCGUCCAAUUGAGAAAAGCAUCGAAUUUACUACACUAAAUUGAACUACAUUAUAUAUGUGCACUAAAUCUGGUUGAACAUGUCGUCAUCUCAGAUAGCUGAAAACUAUCAAUUGAAGUGGCACUCCCAUUUAACCAAUUUAAAUUCAUCGGUUGCCACGCUUUUCAGAAAUGACAAGUUCGCCGAUGUGUUGCUAUUCACAAGUCAAAUGGAUGGUGGUUGCGGUAUACCAGCUCAUAAGAUAAUUCUCAGCUCGUGCAGUCACUUUUUUGCACAAGUAUUUGAUUUGAAUCCAGCGCCACCUAAUUCCAUGGUUUAUAUCGUCCUGCCACCCGAAAUAAGCCGAAGAUCGAUACAGAUUUUAAUUCAAUAUAUGUACAGCGGCGAAGCAACCGUAUCGAACGAUAUAUUAAAUGAAGUACUCCAUGGAGGUGAAUUGUUAAAAAUUCGCGGAUUGUGUCGCAAUAAACAAGCUCAGCAGCCUACAUCAUCGCUGAAUGAGUCAAGUUCAUUGCAUUUUUCAUCGUCUUCAGCCGUUCCCGUCGAAACGGUUUGCGAUAAAAUCAUGUACGAUCAACCGCACACUGAACGAAUGGCCAAUAAUAAUGCGAUAAUUAAAGAAAGCCCCGUCAUAGUAACAUCACCACAGCACAUGGGCAAUGCAUCGGUCGCACACAAACCUACAUCAUCAUCGUCAUCAUCCACAUCGUCGGCAAUCACAUCCGUGUCGGGCUUAUGCCCACCGGAUCAGGACAUUUCGAAAAGGAAUGCCAUGAGUUAUGGCCUUAAAUCGACUGUGGUUCGAAAUCAUUGCACCUACAAUUCAUCGACAACGCCAUUACAUCUCAAAUCAUCUGUACACAAUGAACUUGGUGGCCAUAUGCCACCGCCUGUACCACAAAUCACAUCAUCAACAUCAUCAUCGCUCAUCCAUUCGCCCGAUUCGCACAGCAGCAGCUCAAGCAAUCCAAAUAGCAUGGGCAUAAAAAAGGAAUCAAUGACAAUCAAUGCAAUGAAUGAGGAUUUGGUGAGUGUGCCAGCAUCACAUUACGGUUUGGUAUCAUUGCAAAUAGCGGCCGCUGUGAAAAAAGCACAACAAAUAUCCGAAAAACGUUGCGCAAACAGCACAUCACAUUUAUAUCCAAAAGCACACAUUUCCAAUACCGUUGUGAACAACAAUCAUGAAACGCAGUCACAGGCCGGCGUCGGGAUCAAUAUCGUCGGCGGCGUCGAACUGCACGGCAAACAUAUUGAAAAUGGCAAUAGUUCAACGGCAACGAUAACAACGACCUCAACUAAUAAUAAUUUUGUUCGACGAUACAGCGAUGAUUAUUUUGCCAAGGAUGACCUUCCAAGUGGAAGCCAUUUGCAUCAUCAACAGCAACCAGAUUUCAGUAGGAAAUCUGACAAUGAGCAACAACAGCAGAAGCAAUCUCGUAUCAAUUCCACAAGCAACUUUGAUAAGAUCACAUCACCAAUGGCACAGCAGCAAACCGCCCAAAUGCCGGAAGAUCUUCAAAUGAUGUCAAUCAUCAAACAGGAACCACCGGAACCAGUUGAAUGGCCCGAUUUCGAGCAUGAAAAUGCCAGUCUCAACAAGUCUAGCAUUGAGGUUGCCGUCAAACCGGAACUCGUUUACUCAAAGGGUGACACUGACGAAGAAGCCGAAUGGGUUCGUCACAUCGAGAGCCAUUCCGAAACGUCACACUGUGUACCCAAGAAGCGGAAACACAUCGAGUCGAGUACACUGUCGGAGAAUAUAGCUGCGUUGCGUUGUGAUUUGUGCGAUAUGUACUUUGUGACGCCUGCUGAAUGGGUACGACAUGUUCAAAAUCACACGGAAACCGAGCUGGCGCUAUCCAAUAACAGUGCAUCGCUACGCCAAAAUAACAACACCGUCACCAGUGCAAGCAGUCAUCGUUCGUCGAGGCAUCAACACAUCGAAACCACCAAAUAUGGUCAUUCACAAACCAAUUCACACAGAUAAACAAAUUCCCAUCAAUGGAUGCAAACACGUGCUCACACUGCUGGAGUUAAAGAACACCGUAGGGCUUCGAACAAUCUCUUUUCAAGCACACACAAUUUUGAAUUUGAAUCAAAGCAGGAGAGAGGAGGAAAAAAUAGUAGAAAACCAAUCAUCGUAAACCAAAUGAGUUGAAAUGGAGAAGAAGAGACAAACAGAGCCGAUGGCACGGACAAUAAACAUUGAUCCCCAGUGAAAACAGAACGAAAAAUUAAGGAAGUAUGGCUCACCGUGAUAAAUAAAAAAAAAUGCUAAUUUUUAAGGUCACAGAUAACAUAUAUUUACAUUAUACUAUAAGCUGAGUUUUUGAAAACUAAAAAAAUACAACAACAACAAAUGCUCUCUUAUGUAAGUUAAACAACAACAACAAAAAUUUACCCCAUGCGACCCAAACCUUUGAAUCAUUUCGGGCGCGCAACUCUAGCUUCUAAGAUCGAACUAUUUUUUAUCAAUUUCUUAAUUAAAUUCUCAAUAGAUCUUAAAAUUUAUCCACUAUCUCUAUUGUUCGUAGCUCUAUUAUUCGUGUAUCUCUGCUAACAAACAAACAAACAAGAAAAAAAACAAUGGCAAAAAAAUUAUUACGAAUAAACUUUUUCUGUAGAUGAUUUGUAAACAUAUAUGAUCAAAUGUGUGUUUAUUUGCAGCAAAAAAAUAAAUAAAUGCAAAUUCGAUCCACGGGGAAAAAACAGACAAAACUAAAGUCAAAAUUUGUUCCUUAUGAUAUUUUAGCCACAAAAAUUGUAUUCCAAAGCUAAAACAUACACACACACACAUAUAUAUAUAUAUAUAUUUUCAAUGGUUCCAGUAGCAUUGGUUGUAUUAUUUAGGGUAUUUUUAUUCGAUUUAUUUUUACUUUUUUUUCUACCAAUUUUACUAACAUUACAUCAUUUUAUUCUUUUGAAUUUAUAAGGCACAAAUUUUGCUAUUAAUUUUUCCAUCUGCAUCUAUUUCAAUUCGUCAUCGCAUUUCAAUAUUUAAAAAACUCUCUUUCUCGCGAUACAAAAUGGAUUUAAAAGAAUUUACUGCUUAACCGCCAUUAUUUUUAGCCAUAACUUGGAAAGAAAAACAAAAAUGGAAAUUAAGGAAUAGUUUAAGUGAAACGAAGUAGAAGAAGAAACAAAUAAAAAAGAACACAUUCAUCCAUUUUCGAUACAACGGAUCAUUUAAUGAUCGAAACAUGCAAAGCCUAAACUCAAUUUCACACGUAGACGUAAAAUUAUACAGAUCUUCAUAUUUCUAUGUAGUUGAAACAAUACCAUUUCUACAUUAUGUACAAAAAAUACCCAAAAAGUAUUUCUAUUUCGGUGAUUCCAUUUUCAAUUUAAGAAUCUAAUCUUUUAACGUACCCGAAAAUUAGAAAACAACAACACCUUUUAUUUUUAGCUGUUUUUUUAUAUACCUUUUUGGAAUGUUUUUAUUCGAUCGUUUUUUUCUUUGUUUGGCUUUCGAAACAGUUUUUGUUACAGUAUUGUUCUUGUUUUUUUUUGUACUUGUUUCUAAACCCAAUUCAAGCAAUAAUUAUAAACAAAUAAAAUAAUAAUGUAGAAUUCUGUGAGAAAAUAUACUAUAAUAAUUCUUGUGACAGAUCGUAACAUAACAAAAAAAAAUUGAUAUGAGAAAAUAACACAUCUGUGUCAUGUGUAAAUAACUAUUGGAUUGUGAAAAUGAUGAUGAUGAACAAUUGCAGUAAAAACCAAAUUAAAACUUAUUGUAAUAUUUAAAACUCAAAUGAUUACUGAAGAAUCAGCGAACAUACAAAGCAAAAAAAAUUUUUAAAAAAACUAUAUUUUUUGUAUAAAUCAAACAAA